AUGGAGGCUAUCUCAGAGUUUUUCAGUCAGCAGAACUACGAUGAGAUCGACACAGAGACCAAGACAUCCAUGCUCGUGCAGCUGGCCUUCGUCCUGGUUCACGAGCAGGCCCACGCGGUCUUCUGCCACCGAUGGACCGAGUCUCCGGAGUUGGACCAGGACGAGCGAGCCUUCAUCUCUCGUGUCACUCCGAGAGAGCCCAUGUACCACAUGCACAUGGACCCUCGCUACUACGAGCUUGGGUUCGCCCUGCAGGCGUGGAUCCACGGUGGCAGCAUUUUCAGCCGCGGCAAGGACCUCAUCUUUGUUCAGUACCCAGGCGAUGUGCUCAGUGAGAGCACCGUCGCGCAGGGGUACCCCUUCCGAGGCAACCUGUUGAACCGCGAGUUCUGGCAGGCGGCCCGAAGCGCCCAGAGGCCGUCGACGCACUGGCACGGCGAUGAGCUCCCUGUGGGAUGGCUCGGACAGGCUAUGGCGGAUUGGCGGCUCGCACGUGGUGAAUGA